AUGCCUUUCGUCCGCUUCCAACCAGUCUCUUUCCAGGCCCCAGCCGCCGACCCCUUCGUUGACUUCUUGGCCGCCGCAUUAGCUGCAGAGAAUACUCCAUCUCGUUGUCAUCCCAAGCCUAACAAGUCCGCAGCUUGUGCUCCGGCCCAAUGUCAAACCCGCUCUUGUGCCCCUCGCCAAACCCGUGUCGUGAAGCGCUUUAUUACCCCCAAAUUUGAUGUUUCUGAAACUGCAGACGCCUAUGUUCUUGAAGGUGAACUCCCAGGAGUCUCCAACAAGGCUUCCAUCUCUGUUGACUUUGACGAUGCCCAAACCAUUGUUGUCAAAGGUGAAAUCAAUCGUGUGAAGCGACCAUUCACCAAGACUGAAGAGCAUCAAGAGUUGACUGAAGAAGCUCUUCAGGCUUCAGCCGCUGCUCAAGAAACCGCUACCGCCAAUGUUACCACCGCUGAUGGUGAGACUGUCGUCUAUGAUGAUGCUGCCUCUGUAUCUAGCGGAAACUCGAAGCCAAAGGCCGCAACCGUCGAAGAUGAAGUUGACGAAUCUGAAACCGCCUCCAAUGCCUCAUUUGAAGUCGUCGAUGGACCUCUCCUGACCAAAGCUGAUAAGGGUAAGGCUCCAACCAAAGACGCUGAUGUCGAAAUGACUGAAGCCGCCGAAAAACCAGCCGAACCAGCCACGGAAAAGAAGGAAAAGAAGCAGGAGAAGACCGCCAAGUACUGGAUCUCGGAACGCCCAAUCGGUGUCUUCGAGAGGAAGUUCAAGUUUGAGGGACUUAUCGACCAGGAUAACGUUCGCGCCUUCCUCGAGAAUGGUCUUUUGACUAUUGUCAUCCCCAAGAGGGAGGCCUUUAUCAGGAGUGUCUUUAUUAACUAA